CGAAGGGUCGAGUGCAUGCGUGAUUUUGGUGUUCUAUACACUGAUUUGUCUUUUAAGACUGUGUUGGGCGUACGAGCCUAUACCCGUUUUGACCUCAUGAAAAAACCGAUCCAGGCGACGGCCAUAGUGGUGAUCCACCCCGGCUCAAUGUUCCUGCGGAUCGGCCGGGCGUCGGACUCCCACCCGCACACCCUCCCCCACGUGGUCGCCCGGCCGUGCCUGUCCGCCACCCAGCAGCCGCACGUCGACCCCAUCCUGGUGCCAGAGGUCAACAUGGAGCCCGAAGUGGUUGCCACCAUUGAGGAGGGCUGCGAGGUGGUGGGCAACCUGCUGGCGUCGUGCCUGACGACCGAAGGCAGGAUCAGGUACACCUUCCCAACAGACAAGAUUCAGAACUUCAACCAGCAUGUGAAGCCCACUGUCCUGGCCAGCACAUGUGACCUCCAUUGGACCAAGGUCGACAUGACGCAGAACUGCCUGGUUGGAGAAGAGGUGCUGUACCUGAACCCCUCGGAGAAGUACCACAUUCACUGGCCCAUGCGGAGGGGCCGGCUGAACCUGCACGGAGGCGUGGGGGGCUCCCUGGUGGCGGUCAUGUCCCACCUGGAAUCCAUUUGGGCCGUGGCCAUCCAGCGGUACCUCGACAUCCCGCUCAGGGACCUCAAGCACUACAGGGCGGUGCUGAUCAUCCCGGAUGUGUACAACAGAGACCACAUACGGGAGAUGGUGGACGUCCUGCUGUCUCGGCUCGGCUUUGCGGCCUGCUUUGUCCACCUGGAGUCCGUGUGUGCCACUUUUGGUUCCGGCCUGAGCUACGCCUGCGUGGUGGACGUGGGCGAUCAGAAGACCAGCGUGAGCUGCGUGGAGGACGGCAUCUCCACCAGGGCCACCAGGCUGGUGAUGGAGUACGGGGGAGCGGACAUCACCCACCUGUUCCACUACCUGCUGAGGAAGUCGGGCUUCCCUUACAAAGAGUGCGACGCCAGGAAGGCCACCGACGCCAUCUUGCUGCAGGAGCUCAAGGAGACCAUGUGCCACGUCAACCUGGACAUUUGUGGCGCCCAGGAACGCUCUUUCCAAGUGAAGCAGCCAUCCAUGCCGCUCUUCGAGUACAGGAUCAAGGUAGGCGACGAGUGCCUCAUCGCCCCCUUGGCCCUAUUCCGUCCCGAGAUGCUGGGGGUCACGGGGCCCAAGCAGGCGCGUGUGCAGUCGAGGAACCCCGGGGACCCUCAGGACCCCCACGACGACAAUUACCUGAUUCAGACGCAGAGAAGAGGGGCACGAGAGGCUGCGGAGGGGUCGCAGGCGCUGGAUGCGGCCUCUCAGCUCGACGACAGCCAGCUGGGACAGGGUGUCCUGGAAGACGACGACGUCGCGGUGCCCCCGGAGGCUGCCGCUUCAACGGUUGCUCCCCGGGACUGCGAGGGCGACCUCCAGUGUGACCAGCUGCUGGGCAUCGACCAGGCCAUCGUGCAGUGCGUCGACCGCUGCGACUGCGACGAGAUGAAGCGCAAGAUGUUCAGCUGCGUGCUGGUGGUGGGAGGGGGCUCCCUGUUCCCCGGCAUCCACACCUGGCUCCAGAACAGGCUGUCUGUGCAGAUCCCCAUCAUGUACAGGGCAGAGCACAUCGACAUCAUCACCAGGCCCAAGGAGAUGGACCCUCGAGUGACGACGUGGAAAGGAGCCUCCAUCAUGAGUUGCCUGGACACGGCGCAGGAACUCUGGGUGCGGCAGUGUGAAUGGCAGCGCUUUGGCGUUCGCCUACUCAGAGAGCGGGCCCCGUUUGCUUGGUAGGAGCAAACAUUGGAGUAGCUGUCCGAGACUGUAAAUAAAGAAGUGGGAGCGAUUUUC